AGCGAGUUACUCACUCUCAUCUGAGCAGCCUAACUUCCAGCUUCACCGCUGUUCUGCGUUCUGGACCUGAUUCACUCCUGGGAACUAGGACUCUUUUUUUUAUUUUUUUUAUUGAAAGGACCUUUUUUACAUGAACAUGGAGACCACCAGUGGGGAGUAUAUGGACAAUUAUGAAUACUAUGAUGAUAAUGAGACUGCAUGUGACUACUCUGAGUGGGAGCCCUCUUACUCUCUCAUCCCAGUGCUUUACAUGCUCAUCUUCAUCCUUGGCCUGUCAGGGAACGGCGUGGUCAUCUUCACUGUGUGGAGGUCCAAGUCUAAACGUCGGGCUGCAGAUGUGUACAUCGGAAACCUGGCUCUUGCUGACCUCACUUUUGUUGUAACCCUACCUCUCUGGGCUGUGUACACAGCUCUGGGCUACCAUUGGCCUUUCGGCGUGGCUCUUUGUAAGAUUAGCAGCUAUGUUGUUCUCGUCAACAUGUAUGCUAGCAUUUUCUGCCUCACCUGUCUGAGCUUUGAUCGAUACCUGGCCAUUGUUCACUCCCUGUCCAGCAGCAGGCUCCGCUCACGAGGGACUAUGUUGGCAUCUCUGGGUGCCAUUUGGCUCAUGUCUGGUCUCCUGGCGGUGCCCACACUGCUAUUCCGUACCACAGUCAACGACCAAAACAGCAACCGAACAACCUGUGCCAUGGACUUCAGUCUGGUAACCAUGAACCAGAGGCAUGAUUACCUUUGGAUUGCAGGACUCAGUCUGUCUUCAUCUGCCUUGGGUUUCCUUCUACCCUUCUUGGCCAUGACCAUCUUCUACUGUUUUAUUGGCUGCACAGUCACCCGCCACUUCAACAACUUGCGCAAGGAAGACCAGAAGAAAAAGCGUCUACUGAAGAUCAUUACCACACUGGUGGUGGUGUUUGCAAUCUGCUGGACUCCCUUCCACGUGCUGAAGAGCAUGGACUCUCUCUCCUACCUGAACCUUGCUCCAAACUCCUGCGGUUUCCUCCGCUUCCUGCUGCUGGCUCACCCCUAUGCAACCUGUUUGGCCUACAUCAACAGCUGCCUCAACCCCUUCCUGUAUGCCUUCUUUGACCUUCGUUUUCGCUCCCAGUGUCUGUGCCUGCUCAACCUGAAGAAAGCAAUGCAUGGUCACAUGAGCUCCAUGUCCUCUACUCUCAGUGCCCAGACUCAGAAGUCAGAGGUUCAGUCUCUGGCCACCAAGGUCUAGGGACUGAAAUGAGGAGCAGAAGGCUGCAGGACAGUCACAGCUGCAACCACUGGAACACUUGUAAAAAUACAGACUUUACAUGUCCGUGGUUUGAAGCUAGUAAGAUGAGACGAUGAACUUUGUAGCGUCACUGCCCACUGUCAUGAAUUUCACUGCAAAUGCCUCCUAUACUUCAUCAACAAGUUGAUGCCACGCUGUGGACUUGAGAAGCUGGAGCCAGCUGGCUGAGCUCCUCAUCUGCUCUAGUCCUCAAAUUCUCAGAGAUGACGUCUAUAUUUUGUUUAUUUCUUUUUUGAUUCUUCGUGAGAUUCCAGUGCUGUAUCGCUUACAGGAGGACAGACUUCAGAAUUGCAAACUGACGAGCGUGAAAUUGUUUUUACACUGAAUGAAACAUAAAGCUGUUCAGAAUUUUCAUACUAUUUUUGCUGUUGUUUUGUUGUUCUUUGAAGCACUUGUCCAGAUUGUGUUUGCAGGUAUGUGGAGCAGAGUCUUCAAAGCCUCAUGUUUGCAGAGGCAAAGGGGAGGGAGGUGGAAGGUGUUGUGACUUAAUUAUAUAGCUUGUGGAAAGAGACAGAGGGGUAGAUGGCAGAUGACAAAUGUUGAGGAGCAGAGCAGGGCUGGGGGUGUGGAGGUUUGUAGUGAAGUCACAGCACUAAAGAAGGUGGGCAAAGGAACUUUAUUAAAUGUUCUAUGUUGAUGUACAAUGUUUUAUUUUCUGAGAAUGUUGUAACUAACUACUGCAAUAAAGCUAUAACCUGACUUAUUGA